GGUGGUCUCUUUAAAGACACGAAUCGAAAAUAGGUUUAAUACAGGGAUGAAGGUAUCUGUUAAAAGAAUCGUUUGAACAAUAUUUAUAUUUAUUUCUUUUUUACAUCGGAAACGAUUCAAUUAGAAUCGAUUUAGACUUUAGAUUUUUUUAUAAAAUUAAUAUUCCCGUAAUAUAUAAGAUUCUAUAAGAAAAUAACUGAACCGUGGAUAGUGUCGGUUAGAGUCAAUUUGACAAUAUAGUCCAUGUCGAAGCGAUUAAGCAGGAAUCAGUGACGGUGUCGGUUAAACACGGAAACCAAUUGGUGCAAUGGCAAGCUCGUCGAUGCUGUUGACGUUUUCCUCGGCAGGAGAAGGAUGAGAAACAGGAGGAGUAGGAGGAACAGGAACAGGAAGAGGAAGAGGAAGAGAGACGAAUCGAAGAUGGUUCAACCGAGAUGCUGUGGCACCACGCUGUUCGAGAGAAGAGGACGCAAACGGAGCGAGCGAGAGAGCAAUGAGAUGCUAGUGGUGGGAGAGAAACAGUACAGGAGCGCGCAAGAGAAAGAGAGAGAGAGAGAGCGAUAGAGGAGCGAGAGAGAGAGGGAAAGGGAAAGGGAGAGACAGUGAGAGAGAGAGAAAGAGAGAGAGAGAUAGAGAGAGGGAUGAAGAACGAAGAGGAGAACGGUCCAGUCGCAGUUCCGACGCGGCACCGCGCGCGUCAACUUCGGAUUAGGUAGUAGAGACAGACACGAGGUAUCAGAAAUUCGUGCAUGAUAUUUCUUUUUUCCCUUUUGUCUCUCACUGGUUCAACGUUCACUCUUACGUUUAUUAAGCCGUCGUUCGUUUUUUUUUUUUUUCGGACGUGUCGGAACAAAAUGGAAAUUUUCAUAUAAAUAUAUAAUUUCGUGCGUUCGACUCGGGUGGGAGAAAAACACGCGAAGAAAAAGUCAUAAAUAAUACGGUCGAUUGUUUCCCUCUCUUCUCCCUCUUCCCCUCCAUCUCCAUCUCCAUCCUCUCUAUUUCUUUUUUUUUUUUUCUAUUUCUUUCCUCUUUCUUUCUCUUCUUCUUCUCUUCUUUUAAGAGCACGCGUGUGUUCUCUUCGAAGUAUACACGCAUACGUUUACACGCAUUCGUACAUAUAUAUACGCGUGUGUAUAAAUAUAUAAAGAGAUGUGUAUACGAGACCAUGCGUUAAGUUAUAAUUAGCUUCGAGCGUGUUUCUCAUCUUCUUUCUAAAAGAAGGAGGAGAUAGAUAGAUAGAGAGAGGGAGAAAGACAAAGCUUCUUCAGCUGGGAAGCUCCGAUUUUGACUUUCAACGUCAUUCAAGCAAGCAUACGAGUAAGCAAGCCGGUCGCUUAGUCCUCUCUGUAUGUAUACAACACGUACGACACAAACAAUUUUGAUAUAUUCCUUGAGAAAAUAGACAGUGGGACAAGGUCAUAGAGAGAUACGAAGAAGACGACGAAUUGAACGAAGAAUUUUGUUGAUCUUUAAUAAUCUACGAACGAUCAUUAUUUCUUCUCAAUUGAUGAUCUAUGACAUUUCUCGAUCUUGUUCAAGAGAGCAAUAACACGAAGAAAGUGAAGAGGAAAAGGAAAAUUACUCCAGCCAGGAUAUUUUAUGGAUAAAAAGAAAGCGGUAGAAUACAUAGUACGGGCUUCGAUUUUCGAGCUUCCGACGUUCGUCUCAGCGUUGGAACCUCGUGAAACGACGUGAAAGGGUAGUGCGAAUGAGGCGAACGCUUUCAAACCGAUGAGAUGACAGUGCUGUGCGUGCUGUGGGCUACUCUGUCCACUGUGGCAUCGAUCCUAGCGUGUUCCGGCUUUUAUUUGCCUUAUUGGAUACAGGGACGACUGCUGGGAAAGGCCGACGCGUACUUUAGUUCCUUUCGGCGUUGCAACUAUCCACGAAUCAGGGCACCUAACGCUACUCCUGAGAUAGUUUACGAGUGUGCUCGGUACUCUAGUUUCUGGGAUAUACCAAGCGCAUGGUGGCAAGCUAGCACGGUAACGAUGGGGAUUGGUGUAUCGAUUGCUGUGAUCGGUGCAUUGACUCUUUUAGCAGCAGCAUCUUCUUUUCUACCCCAUAUACUAAGGACUCCAAAACAUACUAGAUUACUUGGUUCCAUACAUUUCAUAGCCGCUACAAUGAUAUGUGGUGGUUUGGUGAUGUACCCCAUUGGAUGGGACAAUCAAGAAGUACGUGAGUCCUGCGGCAAGGCUGCGAACGUGUACAAUCUCGUAAAUCUCAUUAGCGAGACAAUAACAGAACAAACAGCUUCCAGUUCGAGAAAGAUAAAUCGUAUUUCGUGAAGUUCGAAGAGACUUCAGGGAAGAGUAAGUGACAGAGAGAUCGAGAGACCGAGAGAGAGAGAGAGAGAGAGAGAGAGAGAGAGGGAGGAGAAAGAGAGUGGCAAGGAAAGAGAGCAUGAUGAAAUAAAUUCGGUAUGUAUAGUAUGUAGUUGAUUAUGCGAUCGAACUUACUUCGCGAGAUUGUAGGAAAAUUGCUGUCAAGUUCAUAA